AUGCGAUCGCGGUCAAACACAUCGUCCACGAAGAGUGCUCGACUCUCACGGUCACGGGGGUCGACGACUAGCAUUCACUCGGCCACGACGCAGUUUCACCCCGACGUCCAACAACAGCCACAGGAUGUCUAUGGAGCUUAUAUGCGCCCUCAAUAUGCCCCUUCCCAGGUGCCAUAUCACCCAAACCCAGAGGAGAUGAUACUCCGGUAUGGUGAACAGUUUGGCCAUGCCGGUUCGGCCAGGUUGGACGAUCCUGCUUUACAGGAGAACCACAAUAACGCAGUUAGAUCGCGUCCGGAUAUGCAGCUCCAGGAACACCUUAUGAGAAACAGAACUCUGAGUGCACAGCCAUCACAGCCGACACCGCCGCCGGGCCACAUUCCCGCCGAGUUUACAUCAAAUCACUUCCCCCACAUGUUCGACACGACUGAAAACCAUACACCCGACCGCAUGCUAGAAGAUAAUGAAGGGUCAGAGGUUGGUCCUCGGAAACGAAGAGGAACAUCAUCAUCUAUAGCCAAUGAUAACGAGCUACGGCGGUUACUUCGUCAGUAUGAUGGCUAUAGCUUGCAGGAUAUGGCCGCAGAGGUCAGAAAGAAUGAAGGUGCUGGCGGCAAGUCGGAGAAAGUAAAACAAGUGUUUGCUAUGAUCUGGCUACGUGAAAACUGUCUACGGGGAAACGGGUCCGUUCGUCGAGACCGUGUUUACUGUUGCUACGCUGAAAAGUGCGGAAAUGACCGUGUAUCUGUGCUGAAUCCCGCUUCCUUUGGGAAACUUGUUAGGAUAAUAUUUCCAAACGUGCAGACUCGUCGACUCGGAGUGCGUGGAGAGUCAAAGUACCAUUAUGUUGACCUGUCCCUUAUUGGUCAAGAUAUCAAACCCGAGUUUGAUGAUAAGACAGAUAAAGCGCAGAUACCCGGUUCCCAACUGGGAAUGGAUGGAUCUGCUCCCCAGCUAAAUUCCAGCUUUGCUCAUAACCCUCACCAACCGCAAAAGUCACCCAUUGAGACAUCAGAUACCACCUCGUCGGCCUCAAAUAUUUUACAUCAACAACAAUCGUCAGGCACGGGCCGUCAUUGUUCUUGUGCACACUCCGACAGCGUCUCGGAAAUGAAUCUAGGAGUCGACUCGAUGGCAGUCAAAACGCAGUUAAAGAUCCAACAUAUACUUCAUUUUGAGCCAACGGAUGGCACUCCAUCCACCGAAAGCGAUACCCUCUCAUUGCCAAAUAUACAUCAGUACCUUCCCGAUAACCCUGACCCUUCGGCUGCUGACGCUCUUGCAGCUCUAUAUCGCUCACAUUGCACCUCAGUGAUAGAUAGCUUCCGAUUCUGCAAGGAAAAGAAUCUCUUCCGCCACUUUUCUGCAUUCCAGGGCACCCUUACUGUUCCAGUGCACAAGCUCCUUGUUCAUCCAAAUGUUGCUCCAUGGGUAGAGGAAUGUGACUGGCUAAUGUAUCAGAAGAUGCUGGCCUUCGUCUCCCCCCUAACCACACAGGUUGUCCCAGACCCUGUCCUCAAGGCGUUUCGCUCAAUAUCAUGCAAACUUGUCACACACAUUGCCGAAACUCUCAAGUCGCAACCUGAUCACGUUUCUACGGCACGUAUCAUCCCUUGUCGUCUGUUUUGUCACCUGUUGAAACGUAUGCUUGACGUUAACCAGUCUGCAAACGCUGCCGCUGCAUGGCUAUGCCACCUGCAAAAUCGGAAUAAGAUGUGGGAAGAAUUUAGCAACUUUGUCGACCCAGCUGAAACAGUCAUCAAAGCCAACAUACCUCCUUGCUCUGUGAAGACAGCAAUUACCAUCUUGAAAGAGCACAUGAAGUCUCUAUUAUACCCCUUGGAUAAUUGUUCGCCUCCCCAGACAGACCCCCUAGACGGGGACUUGGCUGGGUUUUCCCUACCACCAACCAAUACGGAAGAAUACACAAACUUCCCUGAUCGGUGGAUUGCUUUUAUAUUACAGCUGCCUACCAUGUUCCCUGACCAUUCGGCAACUUGUAUGAUUGAAAAGGCUGAUGCGCUGUGGACAACCGUCCUUCAUCGUCUCACACUCGCUGGUGCCGAAAGCUUUAGCGCGUGGUGGAUGACAAAGGUUUUCUUCCUCGAGAUGAUGCAAUGGCAAGCUGAACGGGGUGGCUUCAUGGCCUCAUCCCCAAAGUCAUUGCGGGAACAUUCCACAAAUCUCUCAAACACUUCGACUGCUGCCGUUGCCGCGCAGCUUGCAAGCUUCACUCCCGCCAAUAACAUGUCCAGUCAGCAAACGGAGAACGAGCAAUCAACUCAAGAAGCCCCUUCCCCAAAUAUGAAUAACGACAUGUCGAAUAAUGCUUCCAAGACAAACAAGGCUGACGCUCCAAACCGACCAGCUGUUGAUACAAGUCUAGAAGCCAGCCAACUGAAUAAUGAUGAUAGUGCUAUCGCACUAGAAGACGAUUCAGUUCUUCUUGGGACUAGCAAAUAUACCGACAUGACCCUGUCUGACCCCGCAGAUGCAGAAGGAGAUGUCAUCGUCGUAUAG